UCCACCUUCUCAAAGUCCCAAACCAUUGAAGCAAAAUUUCUCUCUCUUUCUCUUUCUCUUUCUUUCUCUCAAUCAUUCUCUGCUCCUUUUCACUCUCUGGGGUCAGGGCCAAUCAUCGCCACGCUCUUGCUCUGCACCCUUCUCUCCCUCUCUCUAAAGAUUCCCCAUUUUUCUGCUUCCAUCACAAGCACUGCAUCAACACACAUACACACACUACCUUGUUUUCUUCACUCUUUUGGUUGCAACACGUUUUUCUUUAAUUUGUUGCAUACCCAUUUGGUUCUAGGGUCCAAAGAACCAACUUGUUGUGUCCCUGAAGCGUCUGUCUCUCAUCUUCCCUUCAAGCACUAGGGUUUUCUCACCCCCUUUUCAGCUUUGGUUGUGGAGUGUCUAUUUGGGGACCUAAAUCUUUAUCAUGAUGCCAUGAAUUUAUGGAGUCCCAGGACAAGUUUCCUUUUGUCUGGACAUGCUUGAAGUGGAUGGUGACUUAUCACUGCCACUGAAUUGAAUCUGUUGAAUGGAGAGUAACCCUUGUGAAGAACUGGCUUUUGCACGAGUUUGCUAAUUGCUAGACUGUUCAUCUGUCUGAUUGGGUCUGAUAUGCCCUUAUUUGUCUCCACUUGCAACAGGGGCACUGUUGCUGUCUCAUGCAUCUUGAUUUGAUUUUUUCUUUUUGAAAGUUGUCAUGGAUUUCAAGUUGAAUCAAAAACUUGCCUUUUGUUGCUGCCAAAUCUAGUUGAAUAGGACAUCCAAAAUCAGUGGAAUUGGAACACUCCUGAGUCUUGACUGUGAAGGUGGAAAAACACAUUUGUGAAGGGUUCCUACCAGGAGAUUUAGGAACUAGAGCUAUGACAUGGAUCCUUCUCAUUUCACUUUCUCACAUUCUUGUGAAGAUUAAUAACCGUGUCUCUCUGUAUAUCUCUUCUCCCUAUGAAGGGUGGUGCAAUGAGGCAGUCGUUUGAUCCUUCAUCUUUUGGUCCUUCCAAGAUCCCAGCUAUAAAAAUACCUGGAAAAUCAGGGAAUGGUGCAUGGGGGGCUUUGUCUGGAUCUGAUUCCUACCAUACUUCAUCCGAUGCUAGCCUCUUUUCUAGUUCUUUGCCUGUUCUUCCACAUGAAAAAUUGAACUUGAAUGAAACUGAAAAUGGUUAUCAAUCUGUUGAUGACAUCUCAUCCGGCUUUAAGAAGCUCCAUCAAGAUGCUGGUGGCAAUGGUUCACUUGAAGAUGGUGAUACUCAUGCACUUGGAACCAUGCUUCCUGAUGAUGAGGAGGAGCUUUUAGCUGGUAUAAUGGAUGAUUUUGACCUAAGUGGUUUGCCUGGUUCCCUUGAGGACUUGGAAGAAUAUGAUCUUUUUGGUAGUGGUGGAGGUAUGGAACUUGAAACUGAUCCACAGGAAAGUCUCACUGUGGGUAUGUCUAAGUUAAGUUUUGCUGAUAGUACUGUUGGCAAUGGUUUGCCCCAAUAUUCUUUUCCCAAUGGUGUGGGAACUGUUGCUGGAGAACAUCCAUAUGGAGAGCAUCCUUCUCGAACAUUAUUUGUUCGAAAUAUUAACAGUAAUGUGGAGGAUUCAGAGCUGAGAGCUCUUUUUGAGCAAUAUGGUGAUAUUAGAACCCUAUAUACUGCCUGCAAACAUCGAGGAUUUGUAAUGAUAUCCUAUUAUGACAUCCGUGCUGCUCGAACAGCCAUGCGUGUAUUACAAAACAAACCUCUGCGGCGCAGGAAACUAGACAUUCACUUUUCCAUACCAAAGGAUAAUCCAUCAGACAAGGAUAUCAACCAAGGAACAUUGGUAGUAUUCAACUUAGAUCCAUCUGUUUCAAAUGAAGACCUCCGCCAAAUAUUUGGGGCUUAUGGAGAGGUCAAAGAGAUAAGGGAAACUCCCCACAAGAGGCAUCACAAGUUUAUUGAGUUUUAUGAUGUCAGAGCUGCAGAAGCAGCACUUAAAUCAUUGAACAGGAGUGACAUAGCUGGUAAACGCAUAAAGCUUGAACCUAGUCGGCCUGGAGGAGCUCGUAGAAAUUUGAUGCUCCAAUUAAAUCAAGAGCUUGACCAAGAUGAAUCUCGGAGCUUCCGAUAUCAAGUGGGUUCACCUGUAGCUAGCUCUCCUCCAGGUAACUGGUUACAGUUCAACAGCCCUGUUGAGCAGAAUUCAAUGCAAACUAUCAAUCAUUCUCCUGGUUCUAGGAUCAUGAGCCCAACAGCAGGCAAUCAUUUACCUGGUUUAGCUUCAAUUUUGCAACCACAAGUAUCUAACACUGUGAAGGCCGCUGCUAUUGGCAAUGAAUUGGGAAGGAACAGUCAAGCAGAGCACAUAUUUACCAGUAUGAAUUCAUCACAUGGAGCUACUUUUCAGUCACAUUCACUUCCAGAGCCAAAAUUCAGCCAGUAUCGUGGAGCAUUGUCCUCAUUUGGUCCAUCAACAUCAAAUGGAUCCUCAGUGGAAACUUUGUCUGGGCCACAGUUUCUAUGGGGAAGCCCAACCCCUUACUCAGAGCAUAGCAAACCUUCAGCUUGGCCGAGAUCAUCUGUGGGGGGGCAUCCAUUUACAUCCAAUGGAAAGAACCAUGCCGUCCCUUACUCAAGUCAGAAUAGUUCUUUUGUUGGUUCAUCUCAGCAUCAUCAUCAUCAUCAUGUUGGCUCUGCCCCAUCAGGUUUGCCUUUUGAGAGGCACUUUGGUUUCCAUCCCGAGUCAUCUGAAACUUCAUUCUUGAAUAAUGUUGGUUAUGGAGGCAUGAGUCUAGGGCACAAUGAUGGAAAUUACAUGGUUAAUGUUGGUGGAUCUGUUAAUGCUAACAUUACUAUCCCGAGAAAUAUAUCUGAUAAUGGUUCAUCAAACUUCAGAAUGAGAUCUUCUCCUAGGCUUAGCCCUGUCUAUUUGGGAAAUGGUCCUUAUCCAGGACUGCCCCCUACCACUUUGGAGGGUUUGGCUGACCGUGCUCGGAGUCGAUGGAUAGAGAACAAUGGGAGCCAAGUUGAUAGCAAGAAACAAUUUCAACUUGACUUGGAUAAGAUUAAAAGUGGUGAAGAUACAAGAACUACCUUAAUGAUAAAGAAUAUCCCAAACAAAUACACCUCAAAAAUGUUAUUAGCUGCCAUUGAUGAAAAUCACAGGGGUACUUAUGAUUUUCUCUAUCUGCCAAUUGACUUCAAGAAUAAAUGCAAUGUGGGCUAUGCAUUCAUCAACAUGCUGUCACCCUCUCUUAUUAUUCCAUUCUAUGAGACAUUCAACGGGAAGAAAUGGGAGAAGUUUAAUAGUGAAAAAGUUGCUUCUUUGGCAUAUGCUCGAAUCCAAGGGAAGUCUGCCCUUGUGAGCCACUUCCAGAAUUCAAGCUUGAUGAAUGAAGAUAAACGAUGCCGCCCUAUUCUCUUCCACUCAGAAGGUUCUGAGGCUGGUGAUCUGGCCGUACAACAAGAGCAUCUUCCUUCCAACUCCAACAAUCUAAACAUUCAGGCAUUAAGGUCAAGUGAGUUACAUUCAAGUGAUUCUGCUGGGAGUCCUCAAAAGUCAGGCUUGGAUAUAAAUUAACAUUUAUAUUAGAUGCAGAGUUGCUUAGUCCAAAUUGGUUGCUGUUAAGUGUUAACAUUUUCAAAGAUGUCGCUGGUGCUGCUGCAUAUAUUUAGGAAGGAUAACAGAAGGAAGUGUAGAUUUUGUACCAUAGUUAUUUUGCCAGCAAGCUUUAGAAGCUUGGAGGAGCAUUUUGAUCUGAUUAUGUACACAAGGUCAAGGCUAAAGAGUUGAGCAAAUGGAGUUUCCUUCUGAGGGAGGGAGGUUUGCUCAUUUUUGCAUUUUGGUGUCUUGUGAUUGAGCAUUUUUUUUCUUUACUUUCUGAAAAAUGUUAAUAUGGGUAGAGUUCAGUCUGGUUGGAGGUUGGAAGUUGGUAAGAAGUGGGGGUACAAAUUGUAUAGGGAGAAAUAAAGACUUGUUUCUAUGUUUCCUCUAAUGUAUUAGUACUCUUGAAAACCAAGUGUAAAACGCAUAUUUAAAUAUGAUGGUGUUCAAGUUGCUCACUAUCUCAAUCAAGACUUGAUUCUUUUGGUAA